AUGGCGGGCGUAACAGACAAGGCGCGGUUCUACCUCGAACGGUCCGUUCCGCAACUGCGGGAGUGGGAGGAAAAGGAAAUCUUCUCCAAGGUACGUCGUGUUCGGAUGUUCGGCCGUCACGGUCGUGUGGUGGGUGGUGCGAUGGCCCAAGCUGAGCCCUUUCCUCAGGAGGAGAUUCGGACAAUCGUGCAGAAGCGCAACGACUACGAGCACAAGGUCUUGUCCCCGGGAAACAAGCCAUCCGAAUGGUCCGCCUUUGCCAAGUGGGAACAGUCGCUCGAGGCGCUCAAGUCCAAGCGCUGCCGGCGGCUCAAGAUUCGUCACCUCGAAUCGGCGCAGGCAGGCCAGGGCCGUGUCCUGUCGAUAUACGAGAGGUCUGUCAACAGGCAUCCCGCCUGCCGCGAGCUGUGGUUCGAGUAUCUGGCCUACACGGCUAGCAUCAAGGCGACGAAGCGGUGGCGGAGGACCAUGACCAACGCGAUCCGCAUGAUGCCGACCGACGCCGACAUGUGGAUCAUGGCCGGCCGACGGUCCGCGCGCCACGGCGACAUGGCGGCGUCACGCAGCUUCUUCAUGCGGGGCUGCCGAUUCUGCAGCAAGGACUGCCGGCUAUGGGUCGAGUACGCCAAGUGCGAGAUGGAAUGGCUGGAGAAGGUGGACAAGCGAAAGGCGAAGGCGGGCAAGGCGGGCAAGGAUCCGCUGCGGCCCGACCGGGUCGAGGCCGACGACGAGCUGCGCAUCGUCGACAGCGACGACGACGACGACGACGACGGGAGGCUGCCGCAGCCGUCCAUGGCGCAGUCCAAGGUCAUCGACAAGCAGGAGGCCGAGCAGCUCAAGUCCAACCCCGCCAUGGACGGCGCGAUACCCAUGGCCAUCUUUGACAUAUCGCAAAAGCAGGCCUUUUACGGGCCAGAGGUCGCCGAGACCUUCUUCGUCAUGCUCGCCGGUUUCCGCGGCGUCUCGGUGCAGGCAAAGGUGUGUCAGCACGUUCUGGACAGCAUGGACGCGCACUUCCCCAACGACCCGGCCACCGGCAACUGCCACAUUCGACGGCCGAUCCUGGGUCUGAGCCCCUACACGGCCGAAUUCCCUCAGAACAUGCGCCAGGUCCUCGGACAGCUGGCGGAGAGGAUGGAGUCCACCACGGACAGGGCGGAGCUGGUGCGCAAGACGGUCGAGUGGAUAGACGAGUACCUGGCCUUGGACGACCUGGACGAGGGCAUUCGAGCUGUGCUGGAGCAUACAAAGUCGAAGGUGUCGGCUGCUUGA